UCCCUCUACAUAAACACAAACACAUCAAACCUAAACAAAUUUAAAGUUCUAUUUUCUUGAAUCUUGGCGUGUUCUUGUACCUUCUAAUGGGAGGCAGCAGCAGAAAGAAGUUCUCGCUCUUCAGCUUCUUUAAAUCCCGAAGGUCGUCUCACAGAGUUGAAGCAGACGCAUGGGACGACGGCGUAUACACAAGAAAGGCAUGGGCCAGCGACGAGGACAAACGAUAUUGGGUGGCUGAGCCAGGCAUUGACCGUAAAGCUUCUGCCUUCAUCGCCAAGUUCCAUGCCUCUCGUGUCUCUGAGUCUGAGUGCCAAACUCUCCCUCCUUGCCACUCUCAUCAUAACUAGCUAGCCAUCAUCAUAUCCUGAUGGGUUGAUGAAUGAAAGAAUGUCAAUAGCUUACUUAGUUUGGUUCUAUGUAUAUUCCCUUUUCUUUUAUGUUCAUGAUGGUGUCCUUAUGAUGAUUUGUUUAUAAAAUGCUUAUAUUUAGUUU